AAAUGUCAAAGAUUAAUAGAAUCUAAGAAAGCUUCACUCUUAUCAAUUUAUAAAGCGAAGUCAAUUGAAACUUAUUUUCUGAUUGUGUUUUGUCAAGAAACAACGGUCAAAGCAAUUGAAGAUGCAUUCAAAGAUUUCACCACAAAGGAGGAUAUUGCUAUCGUCCUAAUCAGCCAAUAUGUAGCAAACAUGAUAAGGUUCCUGGUUGAUAGCUACAAUAAGCCAAUACCAGCUAUUUUGGAGAUCCCUUCAAAGGAUCAUCCUUAUGACCCUUCACAUGAUUCAGUUCUUUCACGUGUGAAGUAUCUCUUCUCUGCUGAAUCUGUGGCAUCUGAUCAGCGCUAAGUACGUGUACAUGUUUCACCCAUCAUGUGCAAGCGUGAGAGUAUUUUAGCUGAUAGCUGCAUGUGCUCUGCUUUGUGCACACUAUUGUAUUCUAUGUUUCUUAUUUCCUGAUUGAUAUAUCGGGAUACUAUUUAUUCUCUUUCUGUGCCUAAUAAUGAAUUAUCAUUGCAAGUUGGGUUUUGUUUGUUAUGAUAAGAGGAAUAAGUUGCCAUCUUAAAAAUGUUCUAAAGAAAGGAGUUCCUGCAGUUGCUUCUGAUA